UCAUAGGGGAAGUCUUAUGAGUAUAACAUGAGUGUAUUGACGAGAUGUUCGAGAGAAAAAGAUUGCACCAAGGAUUAACAAUAAAGUACAAAGUAAUUUGUAGGAGCUGCCGAGGCUAGCUGUGCUCGAUCCCGUAGUGGACUAGAAAAUGGCUGGAAGGAUCGCAGCGAGAAACAUAUCUAGGGUUUUAUGCCCUCGAACCAGGCACUUUUUCUCUACUUCCUUCACGCCAUUAGAUUCCUCUCGAAGUUACCUACCUGUUGAUCCAAUUUUCAAAGCAUCUGGUAUGAGCAAGUUCCCUAUUUUAAUGAGAAUUGGCAACAGACGCGCAUUCAGUGCAGACGUGAGUCAGUUACCUGUAAUAACUGACCCUGAUAUCUUACUCCCAUUUAAGGAUUUAAUUGCCGCAAGUUGGGAUGAGCUCCCCGAUACUGUAGUUUAUGAUGCCAAGAAAGCACUAUCAAAAUCCACUGAUGACAAGGCUGGUCAGGAAGCUUUGGCAAAUGUUUUUAGGGCAGCGGAUGCUGUUGAGCAGUUUGGUGGAGUCCUUGUAUCUCUCAGAAUGGAACUCGAUGAUGAAACUGGAAUUACUGGCGAGGCUGUGGGUCCCUUGUCAGAUGAGCAUCAAGAUGCUAUGCAUGCAGCAUAUAAGCGGUACAUGGCAUACUUGGACUCUUUUGGGCCCGAUGAGACAUAUCUGAGAAAGAAGGUUGAGACAGAGCUGGGGACAAAGAUGAUACAUCUAAAGAUGCGAUGUGGUGGCCUUGAUUCUGGAUGGGGAAAGAUCACGGUUCUUGGGACCUCGGGACUUUCAGGUUCCUAUGUUGAACAAAGGGCUUAACUGUGUGGCCAUACAUUCAAUGGUGGGCAUGCUUUUUUACUUAAGAACAUAUCCUGUGCACAUCCAUAAAUUGCUGUAUAAUGCUUGGUUAAGAAGGUUGACUCAUGUUUGUGGAACACUACUUCAAUCUAAGUGAAAUGCUGAGAGGGGGGUGCUUUCACUCAUCACUUUUGUAUCUUUGUGGAGUCUGAAUAAUCAGUCAUGAUUUUCUGUCAAUUUUUGGAAUCGAUGCCAUGCAUUGUGUAUUUCUCUAUAUAUGUUACUAAAUAAGGACGCUCUUGCUUGCUGCAACCA